UGUCACCUGCAGCGGCUCUCUAUCGUUGUUCUGUCUGUAUGUGUUUCGCCACAGAUGAACAUGUUCAGCGACAUGUGAGAAGUUUGUUUUGAAGCUGUGUCUUGCGGCACAUGGCAGCAGAGGAGCCCGGGAGUGUCGGGAGGCCGCCGGCCUGCCUGUGCGUCCUCUGCGGGCUGCCUGCCGCGGGGAAGUCCACUCUGUCCCGCAUCAUCGUCGGUACCGCCGCACAGCAGCAGGGAUGGAGAGCCACCGUGGUGCCGUAUGAUGACCUGAUCCCCGAGCAUGCUUUUCAAACCAGAGUGGAGAAGGACACUGAAAUGCACACUGAAUGGAGGUUGCACAGACAGGCAGUGCUGCAGUGCGUCGAGCAGUUCUUGCAGAACCCCAGGGGGAUGGCAGAGCCGCCAAGCAGCUCCCGGAUCGACGCCGCCGCGUGGGAGCGGUGCGUUCGAGCCCUGCUGCGACCUGAAGGUUUGAAGUCUGACCAGGCUCCGCUUCUUCUCCUGCUGGACGACAACUUCUACUAUCCGAGCAUGAGAUAUGAAGCGCGUCAGCUCGCGAGAAAGUAUUCCCUGGGUUUCUGCCAGGUGUAUCUGCAGUGUGACUUGGAGACGUGCAUCAGCAGGAACCGGAGCAGGCCUCGGCCCAUUCCCUCCGAUGUGAUACUGGAGAUGGUGAAGCGCUUGGAGCCUCCGAAUCCACAGAAGAACUCAUGGGAGACGAACAGCAUUUCACUCAACACUACGAACAGUUUAUCCAAAUGUGACGUCCAGAAGGUGAUGGAGUUGAUCUCCUCUGCACUGAGUAACCCACUGAGCCCGGCUGAAGACGACACUGAACAAAAGGAAGCCGACCGACUGAAAUGUGCCACCAGCGUGGUCCACCAGGCUGACCAGGCCUGUCGGCGCCUCGUCUCCGAAGCCAUGAAGGCUGCCAGAGAACGCCGAGUCCCCUCCGAACGCAUGCGGUCUUUGGCUGCUCAGCUGAACGAAUCCAAAGCAUCGUUUCUGCAGAACCUGCGCAAACAGCUCCUCCAGGACGCGACUUGCAUUCAAGAGGAGGACAUCAACUUGGAACAUGUAGUGAACAGAGCGGUGGAUGUUUUCGACGGCACGAGGAAGGAGAUCUUGUCGAGAGUCAUGAAUGACUGCGAAUGACUUUUGAAUUUUUCUUGAAAUCGCUUCAAAACAUAAAUGUGUGACACUCAUACGAAAACUCUCAAAGG